GAAAUAAAAGGUAAAAAAUCUAAAAUGGAUUCAGAAUAGACCCAACUGGAGCCGAGUCGUGUGCUGCCUUGCUCUUCCUCCUUCUUCGCCAUCUCUCUCACCUGAGCUUUUUUGCUUUUCUUCCAGAUAUUUUUUUUCCUUAAGUCCAUAUUUACCCUCGGAUCCACCACCCAGUCCUUUCGUGUAUAUAUAUAUAUUUCUCGCCGAUCCUCGAUCUGAUACUUUCAGUUAUCCAAAUCGGAGAGAGAGAGAGAGAGAGAAUGUCUUCGGCGAAGACGGCGCGGCAUAGAGGCUCGUCGGCGACGGCGUCGAAGGAGAACGGCGCGAAGGUUGAAGAAGGUCUCAGCGUCUUCAAGUCCGAUAAAUUCGACGCCGAUGUUUUCGUCCAGUCUCGUUGCUCUCUCAACGAGAAGGAAUUAAAGCAAUUAUGUUCAAACCUUAUGGAUCUGAAAAAGGCUUCUGCUGAGGAAAUGCGGAGAAGUGUCUAUGCUAAUUAUGCAGCGUUUAUACGCACAUCAAAAGAGAUAUCAGAUUUAGAAGGAGAGCUUUCUUCCAUCAGAAAUCUGCUAUCUACUCAGGCUGCAUUAAUUCAUGGUUUAGCCGAGGGAGUACACAUUGAUUCGUUAUCUACCUCUGUUUCAGAAGGUUCUACAGUUAAUGGUUUAUUAAUUUCUGAAGGUAGAGAACCUUCAGAACUGGAGAAAUGGUUAAUAGAAUUUCCUGAUCUCUUGGAUGUUCUGUUAGCUGAGAGGAGAGUGGAUGAAGCUUUGGCUGCUCUUGAUGAAGGAGAGCGUGUAGCUUCUGAAGCAAAAGAAAAGAAAACUCUGACCCCAGCUGUACUCAUGUCUCUACAGGCUUCUAUUGUUGAACGUAGGCAAAAAUUAGCUGAUCAACUUGCUGAAGCUGCUUGCCAGCCUUCUACACGUGGUGGUGAACUUCGUUCAGCUAUAUCAGCUCUUAAAAAGCUUGGGGAUGGCCCUCGUGCUCACAGUUUGCUACUUAAUGCACAUUUACAAAGAUAUCAAUGUAAUAUGCAGAGCCUUCGCCCAUCAAGCACCUCAUACGGAGGAGCAUAUACUGCUGCUCUCUGCCAGCUGGUGUUCUCUGCUAUUGCUCAAGCUGCAAGUGAUUCGUCGGGCAUUUUUGGUGAGGAACCAGCUUAUUCUUCUGAGCUUGUGAUGUGGGCUACAAAGCAAACGGAGGCUUUUGCUCGUCUUGUUAAACGACAUGCAUUAGCUUCAUCAGCAGCUGCUGGAGGUUUAAGAGCUGCUGCAGAAUGUGUUCAAAUAGCAUUAGGUCAUUGUUCAUUGUUAGAAGCUCGUGGCUUGGCACUUUGUCCUGUGCUUUUGAAACUAUUUAGGCCUAGUGUUGAACAAGCACUUGAUGCUAAUUUAAAAAGAAUUGAAGAGAGCACUGCUGCUCUGGCUGCUGCUGAUGAUUGGGUACUCACUUAUCCUCCAACAACUACACGUCAAUCUGGCAGGCCUUCAAGUGUAUCCCUUGGUCCAACAGCAUUUCAACAUAAACUUACAAGUAGUGCUCAUCGGUUCAAUCUGAUGGUCCAGGAUUUCUUCGAGGAUGUUGGACCACUGCUAAGUAUGCAGUUAGGAGGUCAAACAUUGGAAGGUUUGUUUCAAGUGUUUAACUCAUAUGUGAGCAUGCUCAUAAAAGCAUUACCAGGUUCAAUGGAGGAAGAGGCAAACUAUGAAGGUUCUGGAAAUAAAAUUGUCCGAAUGGCUGAGACUGAAGCUCAGCAAAUUGCAUUGCUAGCAAAUGCAUCAUUAUUAGCAGAUGAACUGCUCCCACGUGCGGCCAUGAAACUUUCUCCACUUAGUCAGGCUACUUACAAGGAUGAUGCACGUAGAAGACCUUUAGAUAGACAAAACCGUCAGCCUGAGCAAAGAGAAUGGAAGAGGCGGCUUGUGAGCUCAGUUGACAGAUUAAAAGAUACAUUUUGCCGUCAACAUGCUCUAGAUCUCAUUUUUACAGAGGAAGGAGAUAGCCAUCUCACUGCAGACAUGUACAUAACUAUGGAUGUAAAUGCGGAUGAAUUCGAGUGGUCUCCAUCUCUAAUAUUCCAGGAACUCUUUGCAAAAUUGAAUAGAAUGGCUACCAUAGCAGCAGAUAUGUUUGUUGGCAGGGAAAGAUUUGCCACAUUGCUAUUAAUGAGACUUACGGAAACUGUCAUCUUGUGGCUUUCAGAAGACCAAAGCUUUUGGGAUGAUAUUGAAGAAGGGCCAAAGCCUUUAGGUCCUCUUGGUUUACAACAGUUCUAUUUGGACAUGAAGUUUGUCAUAUGUUUUGCUUCCCAAGGCCGCUACUUAUCUCGGAAUUUACAUCGAGUCGUCAAUGAGAUCAUAUCAAAAGCCAUGGCAGCAUUUGCUGCAACAGGAAUGGAUCCAUAUAGUGUGCUUCCGGAAGAUGAUUGGUUUAAUGAAAUCUGUCAAGACACAAUUGAAAGAUUGAGUGGAAAACCAAAAGUCGUCAAUGGAGAUCGGGAUCUUAGCAGCCCAACUGCAUCAGUUUCGGCACAUUCAAUUUCAUCUGUGAGAUCUCAUGGGAGUUCCUAAAGUGCAGUCUUCUCAUCUCCCCCUUGUAAAUUAGACAGCAACAGAUUCCAUGGUGGAUAUGUUGGCAGGUACUUGUAUUCAUAGUAAGCUUUCUUCAUUUACCUUCUUCCCCUGAUUUUUGUUUGUCUUCUUUUUGUUCUCUUUUUUUUCAACUUUCUUUAGGUUGAUGUUUGCAUGGUAAUGAGUCUAGUAAUUCUUUUCAUUGUCUUACUGAGCAAACAUUUGAGUUUGUAAAUGUUCAUUCCAUCAUUUGAUCCUGGAUCCAAAUUUUAUAUUAUUCUUUUACAAAUAUGGGUGGAGUUCUUGUU